AUGAAACGGCCGAUUGUCUACACGAUUGCCGGAAGUGAUUCGGGUGGUGGUGCCGGAAUUCAGGCAGAUUUGCACGCUCUGCACACCAUGGGGGCGCAUGGAUGUUCCGCCAUUACCUGCUUGACGGCACAAAAUUCGCAAGGCGUCACGGGCGUCCAUGCUCCUCCUCCGGAAUUCUUGGCGGCACAGUUGGACUGUCUCGCCAGCGAUCUACCCCCCGUGGCGGUCAAAAUUGGCAUGUUGGGGACACGGGAAUUGGCGACCGUGGUGGCCGAGACACUCACAACGCGUCUUCAGCAGCAGAAUGUGUGGAUUGUCCUGGAUCCCGUCAUGAUUUCCACGUCCGGAUCCAAAUUAUUGGAAGAUGAUGCCAUUGACGCCUUGAAAACGCAAUUGUUCCCACUGGCACAUGUGCUGACACCCAACAAGUACGAGGCAGAAGCAUUGGUCGGAAGACAACUCAAGACACCACAAGAUGUCGAACAGGCUGCCAAGGAAUUGCUACAGUUGGGUUGCAAGGCUGUCUUGAUCAAGGGAGGUCAUACCUUGGUGGAAGCACCCACGGCAUCACCAUCGUCACCCUCAGAAGCGCCUACAGCUGUCAAAGCCACUCUGCAAUAUGCACAGGAUUAUCUGCUCUCCGCCGAACCAGCACCCGCUCCAGGAGACGAACGACUCUGCGAUGCAUCCCAAGGGGUGUGGUUGCGAACCAAACGAUGGGACACGGACAAUACACACGGAACUGGAUGCACCCUGUCAUCGUCCAUGGCGGCAGCAUUGGCGCUCGGAGAACAACAUCGACAACAACAACAACAAUCCACACUACCACAGGGAGCCACCAAGGCCAUGGGCAUUGUCGAUGCCUGCUGCUUGGCCAAAGCAUAUGUAUCGGCGGGAAUCCAAGCGGGCAUCCGAUACGGACAAGGACCCGGGCCCGUGGGGCAGACACGCUUUCCCGAUUCCUACCAACACUUUCCCACCAUUGUCGCCAAUCCCACGCAAUCAUCUGCCGCUCCCUUUCCUGCCAUGAAAGCCUAUUCUUUGGAUGACGACACUGAUGACACGAAUGAUGAUAUUCCAACACUGGGUCGCAUCCUUCCCAUUGUUGAUACCGUCGACUGGGUCGAACGGUUGGCCGGCACUCCGGGAAUCACCGAUAUCCAACUUCGCAUCAAGGAUGAAACGGAUCCUGCCAAAAUUCUCGAACGCGUCCAGCAUUGUCAGCGUCUCUGUGCUCCUCACAACGUCCGAUUGUGGAUCAACGAUCAUUGGCAAGCUGCCAUGGAAGCAGGUUGCUUUGGGGUCCAUGUGGGACAAGAAGAUUUGGCCCAAUGCCAAAAAGCGGGAGGAUUGGAUCAGCUGCGUGCCAAACACGUGGCUCUGGGAAUUUCGACGCAUUCCUAUGGAGAACUCGCGGCGGCAUUGGGAGUCCAACCAACCUACAUUAGUUUGGGCCCGGUGUUUGCCACGGCGAGUAAAAAGGUGCAGUUUGAACCGCAAGGAUUGGAAAUUGUGGCGAGAUGGCGCAAGCUGAUUCCUCCCCAUAUUCCAUUUGUGACUAUUGGUGGAAUCAACACGGUGGAAGCUGCCAAGCAAAAUCGAAACGCGGGAGCAGAUUGCAUUGCUGUCAUUGGCGCCGUUACCAAUGCCGAUGACGUACCCAAAACUGUGGCAGCGUUGAAUGAGGUGAUGCAAUGA